UGAAGCACCGCGUAGACAGGGGUUAGCCACGGCUGCAAGAUCAUCACCAGAUACAAGUAGCACCGAGAUUUCCUCCCUUUACGCACCUGAAGCAUCCAGUUCAUAUCCCCAGCUAGAACCACCGUGUAGCAACCAUGUCUGUAGCGGGGCUGAAGAAGCAAUUCCACAAAGCCACUCAGAAAGUGAGUGAGAAAGUCGGAGGGGCAGAAGGAACGAAGCUCGAUGACGACUUCACUGAAAUGGAGAAGAAAAUGGACACCACCGCUCGGGCAGUGCUGGACAUCAUGACUAAGACUACUGAGUAUCUGCAGCCGAACCCAGCCACCAGAGCCAAGAUGAGCAUGAUAAACUCCAUGUCCCGUAUGCGGGGACAGGAGAAGGGUCCGGGCUACACGCAGACCGAGGCCAUCCUGGGAGAGUCCAUGCAGCGGUUUGGCCGGGAGCUCGGAGAGGAGUCUAACUUCGGCGGUGCUCUGAUUGAAGCUGGGGAAGCCAUGCGUGAGCUUGGAGAGGUGAAGGACGCUCUGGACAUCGAGGUCAAGCAGAACUUCAUCGAUCCGAUGCAGAACCUCCACGAAAAGGAUCUGAAGGAGAUUCAGCAUCACCUGAAGAAAAUGGAGGGUCGUCGUCUGGACUUUGACUAUAAGAAGAAGCGCCAGGGCAAAUGCACAGACGACGAGCUCAAACAGGCCCUAGAGAAAUUUGACGACUCCAAGGAGAUCGCUGAGCAGAGCAUGUUCAACCUGAUAGAGAGCGACAUCGAGCAGGUGAGCCAGCUGGCUGCUCUGGUGCACGCUCAGGUGGAGUACCACAGCCGCGCCGCUGAGAUCCUCACACAGCUCUCAAGCAAGAUCGACGAGCGGAUAAAGGAUACUUCUGUCAAACCGAGGAAAGAGUAUGCUCCUAAAGCCCGGACGUCUCUGGACUUCUCCAUCAGUGAGAACCACAAUGGAGGCAUCCACAAUGCUCGCUCUCCAGGGCCGAGGUCUCCAGCAGUAUCUCCAGCAAGAUCUCCAGCCAGGUCUCCAGCCCCGCUGGACCAGCCCUGCUGUCGUGCACUGUACGAUUUUGACCCCGAGAACGAAGGUGAGCUAGGCUUCAAGGAAGGCGAUAUCAUCACCCUGACCAAUAAGAUCGAUGACAACUGGUACGAGGGGAUGCUGCACGGCAACUCCGGGUUCUUCCCCAUCAACUAUGUGGACAUCCUGGUGCCGCUGCCCCACUAAGACGUCACUGCUACCAGCUGUAUCUGCAACGAUGGCGAAAAAGAUCCUUGAUCUCCAGAUCUCCAGUCCUCCCCUCUCUAAGUAUUCCCACUAACCUUUUUCCCUUAACAUUCCUACCAACAUCCUGUACUCCACCUAAAGGAGUCAAAACAGCAACAACACAAAAACGAACGAGUAUUGGCGAAGUAUUAAAGCAAGUAUGCACCGAUUGAGCGUAAAAACUUUAAGUGAGGAAACAUCUGCGUUUAUGUCGUUGCUUCCCCCGUAUCCCAGGAGGUGCGUUCAGGCUCACGGAGUCGUUUUAUCCAUUUCUGUCCCGGCUUUUGUCUCGGUUUGAGUUGGCUGUCAGUCCGUCAUGAUAUCCAGUUUCAAAAUCACAAUUUUCUCUCAUUCACUGUACUUUGUGGAAACCUCUUCAGUAGAUAGAUACUUUUCUCUCACAUACUAAGAAAAAAAAAAAGGUCCACGUGCUUCAUGUUUGUUAGAGACUUUAGGUCAAAGCAUGGUUUCAAGUGUUUAACGUUUUAUCUUACGAAAAAAUAUGUUGAGCUCAUUUUGUUCUGUUUUGAGCAGUCCUCUUUUUAAUGGUAGUCGUCUUUCGGCAUCCACAUGAUGUCCUCCAUAUUAACCAUACAGAGUUUUGACAAAGGUUGUAGACUACAUUUAUCUAGUUGAUAACUAACAACCAAGAUUACCUAUCGUAUUUUUAUUUUUGAAAAUAUUAACAUGUGCACGUAAUUGGUUAUAUGUGAUUUAGAUACCAAAGUUACCUGCUAAAACCAGAGUCAACGCCAAUUUUAGCUUCAGGAUUCCCAGACCGCGAGAUGUCGGUGAAUCUGUUCGCGACGCCGCAUGGUGAAGCUUCGCAAUCUCUAGUUCUUUGGUAUUUUUAUCAGGAGGGAAAGCUGUAUUCUUGAGUAUGUGACAUUACCUAUCUGAGCCAGUGAUUAGUGGAGUGAUGACAUGAUUUGCAAAAACACAAGUUGUGAAGUUUAAACAGUUUGAAGUGAUGUAAGAAAACUAUGGUGCAUAAGUUUCAAAUCCUCCAACGUGUAUUUUAUCAGCAGCUUGUGUGAAAAAUGGUCGGUGUAUUGUGAUAUAAUAACUUAUAGGACUUAACUGCUCGUUGGGGCAACUGUUUCUUCUGCAGAUGAAGACGUAGCUCUUUUUACUGCAUCCCUACUACUCCCGAUAGUGUUCUGUAGUUUAGCAGUCUAUGAGCCAACGAUUAGGACAAAACUAGACAGGAGUGCACAAACGUCUGAACAGAAUGAGAAAUAAUUUAUUUUUGUCUUGUUGGACAUUUUUUUAUUAAUUGGAAUGAUGCAACUUACACUAAAACCUCCUUUCUGCAACAUAAUAACAACUUAAAGCCGCUGGUUAACCCUUUUCAUGUCUUGUUAGACCUCUGAAAAACUGCAAGAUUAUAAACAUUGUGUUUCCCCUCACCGGCUUUAUGGGUGUGUGCAGUAUUGUGUGGGAUUUUCUCUCCCCUUCUUUAAGAUAAUCUAAAACACUCAGUUAUUACAGUACAUGUUAUAGUCAGAGCAGAGAGGUGCUGUUGUGCACACGUCAUCCCCCAGGGAUUUGUUUCCUGCAAUAUCUACAAUGUAUUAACCCUUCUGCAGCGUAAUCUGUGCAGAAGUAAACAAUAUUUUCUCACCCAUCUUGUAGUAAUGUAGUCUGUGUGCUUUGGGGGAGGGGUUUGGUAAAUGUUAUGCACAGGGACGGGGUUUCAGAGGACCUCGAAUGCUGAGGUGUUUAAGAUAUACUGUUUCUGACAGUGUUCCACAUUAAAACAAACAUGGAUGUCUCUUUAAUCAAAAGACCAGUUCAUUAUAUUCAGUAGGAUUACACUAAACGAACUAAAACCCAUAUUAAGUGUUGUUUUUUUAAGGGAAGCACAACAUUAACAGACAGUAUAUUUGUUGGCAGGGGAAGAAUAACAGUUUAAAGGUCAUGUAUUUAUUUAUUUAUUUUUUAAAAGGCGAAACAAUUCCUUCCUUCUUUAUCUCUCUCACUUUUUUUUAACAAUCGUGUGUAUCUUUGCCCUCAAUGAGGACUGUACAGCUUUUCUGUGUUUUGUUUUCACCUUGUGUGUAUAGUCGCGCAUCUACAGUAACGUAUCUUAUUUUUGUAACUGUGACAAAAGUAUACACAUACAGUAUAGAUGUAUAUAUACAGUAUAUUAUCCAAAAGCAAUGUGAAAGGAGGGAUUCUCUGUGCUGCACAUGAUUGUCUUUGGAUUGUUUUUUGUUUUAUUUGUUGGUUUUCUGUUUUGUUUUAUUUUAUUCUUGCACUGGAUUCUAAGACUGUAUGCUUGAUGUAAAGAAAACAAUGUGAUAAGUCAAUGUAAUUUAUUCAAAUAAAUACGAAGAAAUGGUUA